AUGUUGGUCUCACUUGUGCUGCUAUGGCUCUGCAUUUUCUUUAUCAUCCUUCAACUCAGGCCCAAGAGGCCCAAGAACUUUCCACCAGGACCUCCUGCUCUGCCUAUACUGGGGAACAUUUUGCACCUGAGCAUCCAAAAUCCCUUGGAGGACUUUGAAAGGCUGAGGAAGUCUUACGGAAAUGUCUACAGCCUGUUCAUCGGUCCUCAUCCAGCUGUCGUCAUCAACGGGGUGAAGGCCAUGAAGGAAGCUAUAGUGACCAAGGCCACUGAUUUUGCUGGACGACCCCAAGACCUGUUUAUUAAUGACGUCACCCACAGAAAAGGAGUGAUUCUGGUCGAUUAUGGCGCCAGCUGGAGGGAGCACCGUCGCUUUGCUCUGAUGACCAUGAGGAACUUUGGUCUGGGGAAGAAAUCAAUGGAGGACAGAAUUCAUGAUGAGAUUCAACACACCAUGAAAACGCUGGAACGGAGCAUUGGCAAAGCUCUGACUUCACAAGUGAUGUUUCAUAAUGUGGCUUCUAACAUCAUCAGCCAGGUUCUGUUCGGUACACGCUACGAGUACGAUAAUGAGUUUAUCAGAGUAACUGUUCGGUGCUUCACUGAAAUUUCCAAAAUAACCAAUGGACCAUGGGCGAUGCUUUAUGACUCUUUUCAUUUCAUCCGUAACCUGCCGCUGCCCUUCAACAAGGCCUUUAGGAAUGUUGAGAUUCUGAAGAAUCUUUUGAUUUGUUUGGUGAAUGAGCACAAGCAGACCAGAGUCCCUGGAGAGCCACGGCACUUUGUUGACUGCUACCUGGACGAAGUGGAAAAGGUGUGUGAGCAUGCUUCUUCAUUUUCAGAGGAUCAACUCAUUAUGUACAUUAUGGAUCUUCACUUUGCUGGCACCGACACCACCUCCAAUACGCUCCAAUACGGGUUUCUUUACCUCAUGAACUACCCACACAUACAAGAACGAUGCCAGCAGGAGAUAGACCGGGUGUUGGAAGGGAAGGACCGGGCCAGUUUCGAGGACAGACACCACAUGCCCUACAUGCAGGCUGUGAUACAUGAAGUGCAGAGGACUGCCAACACUGUUCCACUCAGCGUCUACCACUGUACCACUAAAGACACAGAGCUCAUGGGAUAUUCUCUGCCAAAGGGUACAAUAAUCAUCCAGAACAUGAGGUCAGUGCUGAAUGAGGAGGGACAGUGGAAAUACCCUCAUGAAUUCAACCCUGAAAACUUCCUGAACGACCAGGGAGAGUUUGUCAAACCAGAGGCCUUCAUGCCUUUCUCUGCAGGUCCUCGGAUGUGUCUCGGAGAGGGUCUGGCCCGUAUGGAGCUCUUCCUCAUCAUGGUGACUCUGCUGAGGAAGUUCAAGUUCAUCUGGCCUGAGGAUGCAGGAGAACCAGACUUCACUCCUGUGUAUGGGAUCACUUUGACUCCCAGACCUUAUCCCAUGAAGGUCCAGCUCAGAUCAUCCCAGUGAAGUGGUCUCCAGACACACAGCAGAACCAGUGCAGGAUGACUCUGAUGAACAC